GAAAUAUCAGGCUCACAAAGCAUCCUGUUAAAAUCUCGAUAAACAAUAAGAUUUUUCCUGUAUUUUUUUAAUAUUUAAACUAGUUUAUUGUUGAAAAAUGGACGACAAUCGGUAGAAUUUUAUAAGGUGGGCGUAAAUACCUAUUAAAAUAAAUCACGUUGACAAUUUGUGUUUGAUGAAAAGAUCUUAUAGAGCUUUAAGAUGACUCUUAAAAUAUCCUAUAUUUCAUUUUUUGUGGUAACUUUUAGUUGUUUUUUCAUGAGAAUUUGCUGUCAGAAAAGUGCAUUGAUGGUCACGGACAGACUGGAAAAUGUGACACAGACAAUUUCAAGACUUCUAGAAGGAUAUGAUAUCCGGCUGAGACCAGAUUUUGGCGGUGAACCUCUCUUUGUUGGCAUGGACUUGACCAUUGCCAGUUUCGAUGCAAUUUCUGAAGUAAAUAUGGAUUACACGAUAACACUUUACUUAAAUCAAUACUGGAAGGAUGAAAGAUUGGCUUUCAGUACUGGAGAGGAAGUUCUGACAUUGUCUGGAGAUUUUGCUGAGAAAAUUUGGGUUCCGGACACAUUUUUUGCUAACGACAAAAACAGUUUUCUUCAUGACGUAACUGAAAGAAACAAAUUGGUACGUCUAAAAGGCGACGGAUCGAUUACAUAUGGAAUGCGAUUUACCACAACGCUGGCCUGCAUGAUGGAUCUUCAUUAUUAUCCGUUGGAUUCGCAAAAUUGUACGGUAGAAAUCGAGAGCUAUGGAUAUACAGUCAUGGACGUGGUAAUGUACUGGAAAAACAGGCCAGUGAGAGGUGUCGAAGAAGCAGAGUUGCCACAAUUCACAAUUAUAGGCUACGAAACGAACGACAGAAAAGAAAAACUGGCGACAGGUAUUUACCAGAGGCUGUCCUUGUCCUUCAAACUGCAAAGGAACAUAGGCUAUUUCAUUUUCCAAACUUAUCUUCCAAGCAUUUUGAUUGUGAUGCUGUCGUGGGUGUCUUUUUGGAUCAAUCACGAAGCUACCAGUGCCAGAGUGGCUUUAGGCAUUACUACUGUAUUGACAAUGACUACAAUCAGUACCGGAGUAAGGAGCUCAUUGCCACGUAUCAGCUACGUCAAAGCCAUUGACAUUUAUCUGGUAAUGUGUUUCGUGUUUGUUUUUGCUGCCCUGUUGGAAUAUGCGGCCGUGAAUUAUACUUAUUGGGGCGCGAGGGCCAAAAAAAAGAGCAAAAAAGCCAAGGAGCAGGAGGAAAAUAAAUCUGGUUCUAAAACUGCAACAACAAUCUCCUCUUGCAACCAAGCCCAAAAACACUCAUUUAAAAAUGAAGACAUAAUUGAGCUGCAGGAUAUCAGGAUGAGCCCGUUACCAUCAAUAAGAAACCGAAAAUUAUCCAUGAAACUCAGCAGCUCGCAGGAGGAUGGAGGUGGCAGUUUUCCACCGAGUUUUCGGUAUAGCAGGUCUUCGGGCUAUAUGUACACUUGCAGGCAGAAUCCUGGUUUGAGGUUUAGAGGUAAUCCAGUACAUAAACCGAAAGUCCUGCACGCCAUUCGUAAAGGUGCUUUGGUCCUGAAAGCUUCCAUGCCGAAAAUCAAAGAUGUCAAUGUGAUCGAUAAAUAUUCGAGAAUUGUUUUUCCUGUUACUUUUUUAAUUUUCAAUACGAUUUAUUGGCUGUUUUAUAUUUUGGAGUGAUUUUAAAUUUCAAUACUGCGGGAAUUUGAACAAAAGAAACACACUUCAAAAAGUUCAGAAGUAUAUUAUUUUUAUAUUUCUAGUUCAAUCUGGUAGGUUGAAAAGCACUGUACAUUAUAUACUGUCCAUAAAUCCUUAGCAAAAAUUUAUUGUUCUAUGUGAGUACAUUAGGUAGGUACAUGUUAUGUUUUCUAGAUAAGUAAACAACUAUUGGCUUGACAUUUGAACAUUUAACACAGGGGCAUAUUAUUUGAUGUUCCCUAUUUUUAGAAAAAAAAAAAAACAGCCAAUCGAAAUAUUUUUCCGAUAAAAUCCAAUAAUCUUGUGCAAUAAUCUCACGAAAAAAAUCGUUUCAAU